AUGUCUCUCAAAGAAAAGUCAGCGAGCGCUGAGAAGCAUGAUCGCUUGCGCGUGAUCAUCGUUGGGGGUUCUAUCGCAGGAUUGACAUUGGCACAUUCUCUCCAUCACAGUAAUGUCGACUUCGUGGUGUUAGAAGCAGGCAAAGAGCUUGCUCCUCAAGUUGGAGCAUCUAUCGUGGUUUUUCCCAAUGGCGCUAGAAUUCUGGAUCAGCUGGGCAUGUUUGACCAGAUUCUGGCUUCAACGGAGAGUUUGACCUUGGGGACGAAUUGGACGGAAGAUGGGAAGAUGCUGUUGCAGACCGAUGCACCGUUGUUGAUUGAAGCCCGCACGGGGUAUCCAGGUUCAUUCAUGUCACGUCAGCUUCUGCUCGACAUUCUUUCCAAGAAUAUCCAUGAUAAAUCCAAAGUCCAUACAUCAAAACGAGUUUGCGAUGUGAAACAGAAUGACGACGGCGUGGUUGUAACUUGCGAGGACGGUUCUUCGUAUACUGGUGACAUCGUGGUCGGGGCUGAUGGCAUCCACAGCACUGUUAGGACAUUCAUGCAAAAUCAUAUUGACAAGAAAGCUCCUGGGAAAGCAGACAAAGACAGGAAAUCAAUCACAGCGGAGUAUAAUUGCAUUUUCGGCAUUGGCGGCGCGGUCGAAGGAGAUCUUAUUCCUGGAGAGACGCAUAGAUCUUACUGCAACGGUUACUCUACCUUGUCGUUUGUAGGUCAUGAUGAUUCACUGUACUGGUUCUUGUUUUCGAAGCUCGAUAAGAAGUAUCAUGGAAAGGACAUACCAAAAUACACGAAAGCAGACGUCGACGAAGCCAUCAAACCAUUCUUCAACAUUCAUUUGACAGAUUCGAUAAAAUUCGACAAAGUGUGGGAGAAGCGAACUUUCGCAAAUAUGACCAGCGUUGAGGAGUCUAUCAACGAGAACUGGACCUCGGAUAGAUUUGUCUGUAUUGGUGACUCAAUCCACAAGGUGACACCGAAUGCAGGAGCCGGUGGAAAUGCAGCAAUCGAAAGCGCAGCAGCGCUUGCAAAUAGCUUGGCAACGCUGAAGAACACAAAAAAGCCAUCGCUAGUAGAGAUCCAGACAGCCCUGCGUCAGUUCUACGAGAAACGACACGAAAGGGCGAACGUAAUCAUCGAAACAGCGAACAAACUUACACGAAUUGAAGCUUUGGAAACCCUAAAAGACAAGGCGAUAGUCUACUACGCGCUCCCAUAUCUGGCCGAUUCUCUGGUGAACCGUAAUUCGAAUUCCACGAUUGGUGCUGAACUGCUCGAUUUCUUGCCAGAGCCUAAGAGGUCACUCGAAGCAAUGAUGCCUUGGAAUCCAAAUGGAGGCUUGGGGAAAGAGGAGAGCAGAUUACUACGAGCACUCUAUGCAGUGCCACUUUUGCUGAUCACGUACGCGUGCCAUCGAACGAUGGGUGCCACCAUCAGCGCGCUUGUCGUUCCCUCCUCGGCGGCUGGAACAGUGACCUUGAGCCCUAGCGUGGUGGUACCUCUGUGUACAAAGUUCUUCGGUGUUGAAGGGCUCGACAAGUUCAUCUCAAAAUUUGUUGCCUUCUUCACCCCAGCUAUUGCAAACUCUGAUCCGAUUGGCCAACUGCAAGCACUCGCCUUCCUUGGAGACCUAAUUCCGAUACAGACGAUAUGGAUGAUUGAAGGUAUCCGUCGAGGCAACUCUGGAACCGUUGCAGACCUAUUACCAACGAUCUUGGGUGUUUUGUUCCAGAUUCGAGGUAUUGGGUAUAUAGCCCCCAUAUACUACUUUCUGCAUUAUGUCCAGUCUCCGCUUGAAAAUUAUGCUGCGCCAGACAACCGCAUGAUGCAAAUGGGACCUGUCAAGACAAUCAUCCCGACAAUAUUAUUGUCCUAUAUCCUCCCUUCGGUAGCCAUGUUCACCGCGCCAAGUCUUACAACUCGCCAGUGGGUUAAUGGUCUCUUCUGGCAGCCGUUCCCAAUAUACGCAUCGAUUCUUCAACGAGUCCUCCCUAGAUUCGUGAAGGACACGACACAGACGGACAGGAUCUCGAGGCCCGAAGCUGAUAUGCCAUAUCUUCGCGCAGCAUAUGGAUUCGCAGCUACUGCAGCAGCUUGUGGAUAUCUCUAUGUGCGCUUCAAGUCUCCUGUAUCCUUGAUGAAGAUCUUCUUCGACGGCAUUGCGAACCCAACUGAGGCUCUGCCCUUGAUCAUGGGCGCGACUAAAGCAUUGAAGUAUGAUCAAAUUGCGGCCUUCAGUGCUGGAGCGAUCUGGACUCUGCUGAGUUUCGCCGACUUGAAGAAGGCUAAGAAGCUCGAGGCUGGGUGGGGACGCGUCCUAGGCGUUUUUGCUGGUACGACUUUGACUGCUGGUCCAGGAGCAGCAAUGGCAGUAAUGUGGGCAUGGCGUGAAGAGACAUUGGCGAAGCGGAGAAGUCGUACGGUCGAGAAGAAGUAGCUGUUAUGACCGUGUUGAGUAUAUUUUGCUGCAUUGUCCCGCGACAUUCAGGCGAAUGGAAGCGGAAAUGGAGGGG